AUGGACACGCGAAUUGACGAGCAAUACGAGAAAAGUUCUGUAAAUAUCGAGCACACACUCAUUUCUGAGAGCUCCGAGUUCAACGAUGUGGAAUUUUACACUGUUACCGAGAAGGAUCGCGAAGAAGCUCACUCCCUAAUCAGUUCACUUUAUGAAGCAGCCAAAGGAAAAAGAAAGGUGCGCACCGCAAAAAGAAAUGAAUACACUCAUCAGUCUUCCGGAAUUAUUAUUUCGUCCUGGAAAAUGAACGAGUGGGAUUACAAGAAAAGUAGGGUUCCUACCCAAGCAAGGGGUUUAUUUACGAGACACGUGGACGAUCAGUACGAAAUAGUCGUUCGCGGCUAUGACAAAUUCUUUAAUAUUGGCGAGGUAACAGAUACCAAGUGGGAGAACAUCUUUAUUAAUACCAAAGGUCCAUAUGAAAUCACUGUCAAGGAAAAUGGAUGCAUUAUUUUCAUUAGUGGACUUCCCAAUGAUCAAAUAAUAGUCACCAGCAAACAUUCAAUGGGACCGAGAGUGGGAGAGGUUGCGCAUGCUGUGAAGGGUGAGGAGUGGCUCGAUAAGCAUCUGGAAAAAGUGGGGAAAAAUAAGCAAGAACUAGCAAGAUUUUUAUACAAACGCAAGUUAACUGCUGUCGCCGAGCUUUGCGAUGAUGCAUUUGAAGAACACGUUCUACCGUAUACUUCUGAUCGUCGUGGUCUCUAUCUCCAUGGAAUAAACUACAAUAUAUCUGAUCUUAAAACGUGGCCCAGUAAGUAUGUUCAAGAAUUCGCGAAAUACUGGGGAUUUAUACCUACCGCCUUCUAUGUGAAGGACAGCGCAGAGGAAGUUAAGAAGUUCACGGACGAUGUCAGAAAGAAGAAACUAUUAGAUGGAAAACCAAUCGAAGGAUUUGUUGUGAGAGCAAAAUUCGAGUCCACGGAUAAAGACUUCUUCUUCAAAGUCAAAUAUGAUGACCCUUAUCUCAUGUAUCGUGAAUGGAGGGAGAUUACCAAAUCUCUUUUGUCUAAAGGGAAGCCAAAAGUCACAUAUCCUCUCAGCGAACAAUAUAUAGAAUGGGUAGAAGGAAAGAUACACACGAAUCCCGAGCUCUUUAGCGAAUAUACUCGUAAUCGGGGAAUCAUUCGCGUGAGAGAUUUAUUCCUUGAACAAUUAGAUCAGCAAUCCUAUAUUCAGACUGUGCUAACCGAGCAUCAAGAUGCCAAAACGUUGAUUUUUCCCGUUGCCACAAUCGGAUGCGGAGAUAAUCACCAAUCGCUUACGCCGGAUAAUCCGGAUUACGAAAAAGUUAUAUGGAAAUUCUUGAAGGACUUUGAACCAUUGGAUUCUAAUAAUGGCGUAGAUGACAAAAUUGAUCAUGUAAUUGAAUUGGAAAUUCAUAAUGAUGCGAAAACAAAUCUCAUGAUCACCAUUGAGAGGUUAUGUUCAUUACUUGGUGUUCAGAUGCCGAGCGAAGACGAUACUAACACCGCAUUGAAGCAGGCAUCAAAUUACCAACCGAGUAUUCGCAAGUUUGUUUCAAAGAAGGGUCAUCAGAAAAAAUCCACCAAUCCUUCCUAUUUUAUGAUCGCACUUGAGUUAAACGUGUCGAAAUAUAUAUCCGAAUUUUUCGCAAUCCAUCCAAACGUUGACUCCAGAGUUUACGAGAAGUUGAUCCGAAAUAAGAGAAUCCCCGAUGAACAUCAUGUUACACUCAUUCACGGAGCAAAUAUCUCUGAAGACCGGGAACUAUGGGAACAAUACAAGACGAUGUGCGCGAAUGAGCUUCCAAAAGUGAAAGUGUUUAUUAACAAGUUGGUUUUCAAUGAGGAGGUGAUGACCCUCGUCGUCAAUAAUAUCGAACCACCCCACGUUAGGAGCACGAACCGAGUUCCACACGUCACGGUGGGUACGAUUGAUAAUUCGGUCAAACCUUUUUAUGCGAAUGAAAUGUUGGAAAAAGCGCUCAUAGAAAAUAAUAAUACAUCUGAUGUGCAUGUCAUUGAAUUGGAUUCUAAGUUAGUUUGUGAUGGUAUCAUUAGGCCUGUGAGGUAG